AUGAGCGACAAGGUCAAAAUUUACAGAGAAACUCUGAAACUGCCAGAAAAUGCUGAAAAUCGAAAAAACUAUUUGAAAAAUCAGCGUAAUUAUAAUAAAAAAUAUAUUAUGAAGCAAAAGUCAGAUCCAGAAAAGGCUAAGUCAUUCAAAUCUAAAAGAAAUGAGCAGCUGCGACGGUGUAGAAUUCGUAAAAAGCAGGAGAAACAAAAAAGAGAAGUUGACGGCGGUUUUAUUAGCAAAGUAGCCAAAUCUAGAGCACUUACAAAAGCUGAAAUGGCUCUUCCUAAGUCAUUAGAUAAAAAAAUGAUUAUUUUAAAGGAACUAAAUGCUCGUUAUAUUGGUGAACCCAUUCCAGAAACGAAGACGCAGCAUAAUAGACUUGGAACCAAAGAGACUGAGGUACUAGCUAUAAAUUUUUUAAGUUCUGAUAUUGUUUCUCGCCAAUUACCAGGAAUUAAAGAUUAUAUUAUAGUGAAAACUGCAGGCUCAAAGACAAAAAUUCAAAAAAGGAUCAUGACAAUGCCAUUGAAAGAAGCUUAUGACGAAUUCAAGAAAGAAUAUACUUCGCAAAAAAUGAGUUUUUCGAAAUUUGCACGAAUGAGACCUGAUCACGUUGUUCUUUUUUCUCAGUCAAAACAGAUUUCAUGCCUAUGUAUUUACUGCACUAAUUUAGAUUUCAUAGUUAUUAGUCUACUUCCAUUUUUUACUUGUCCUGUUAGUUUGAAAGAACUUAUGUGUAAAAUAAGCUGUCAUGUUGAGAACUUCGAUUGUGCCUCUGGAUUGUGCACAGAAUGUUUAAAUGUUUCAAGUGUGGUCAUGGAUUUGUUGAAGCCUAAUAUUUUAGAUCACUUGGUCAACUAUCAGCAAUGGGAGACUGUUGAUAAAGUUGUUCAAAAAGUGACACAUGCUCUCAUCAUAAACGAUCUUAUCUUAUUACUUGAGGAAAAAAUGCAAAAAUUUAAAAUGCAUUAUUUUCUAGUGAAAAUUCAGCUUGCAUUAUUCCGCGAUUUAAAACAGAACCUUGACAACAAUAGUGCUUGCCUGAUUGUUGAUUAUGCAGAAAAUUAUAACUGUAGAAGUCAAGACGAAAUCUCUUCAGCUUAUUUUGGUCGUCGUCAAAUUAGUCUCUUUACAUCAGUAGUUUAUGUUGGUAAUGAAGAUCCUAUUAGCAUAGUAAUUGCUAAUGACUGUAUUUCACAUAAUAAGGAACAAGUCUGGUUCUAUAUCAAAUUUAUUGUUGAUUUCAUUCAAAGCUUAUUUGAUGAUAUUAGAACUGUUAAUGUGUUUUCUGAUGGUGCUUGCUCACAAUUUAAGAAUCGCUUUAACAUUUCUAACAUAAUGUUUGCUAAAGAAGAUUUUAAUGUUGUGGAUAUGAAAUAG